GACACGAUGCGAUAAACCGCCCGCACCACGACUUUCUUUCUUUCGCACCUUCUCAACACCAUUCCUCUCUCUUUAUUUGUGUCGGAGGAGAGUAUACGGAAUCCCUCUGCGAGUUACUACUGAAGUCUUCCGCGAAGCUUCAUCAUCGUCAAUUUCACAACCCCGCCUGCGCGCAGGUCUUUAAUCGGACGGGUCUUCUAGACCAGACAAUAUCACCAUGAGUGGUACCGACUAUUCAUACGAUGAACAGGUAUGCAUGACGCGCUAUAAUUCAAAAGCGCAAUCGUGUGCUAACUGAUUAGGGGCAAUUCUUUCCUGUCUUCAUCCUUACCAUCGUUGGCAUUGUCACCAUUCCUUUGACGUACAGUGUCCUCAAGCCCAGUUCAGAUCCAGGUGCCACCGCACCAAGAAUCAAGUCGGACUACAAGCCAGAACAUGGCGAUCUCGUUGACAAGCAGAGAAAGGCUCAGCGGCGGAAGGAUCGGAAACUGAAGCGCGCAUUCACAGUGGUGGUGGGAUGGUCGGUUAUGGCGUUGAUGGGAUACCUGAUUAUGGUUACCGCACAAACGAUACCCAAAAUCUGGAACCCAUAUGACAUUCUAGAUAUUUCAGAGGUAUGCGAAAUUUCUGCCACUCUGAUCAUGCAUUACUAACUCAUCAACCAGUCCGCGACGGAAAGACAGAUUAAGUCACACUACAAGAAGCUAUCUCUCAAAUUCCACCCUGAUAAGAUUAGGCCAGAUCCCGCCAAGAACGAGACUAUGGAGUCCCUCAAUAGCCACUUUGUUGAGCUCACAAAAGCAUACAAAGCGCUCACUGAUGAGGAAAUUCGAAACAAUUUUAUUCAGUUUGGUCACCCGGAUGGAAAGCAAAGCUACAGCAUUGGUAUUGCGCUCCCCAAGUUCAUUAUUACUGAUGGAAAUGGAAAAUAUGUCAUUUUGGUGUACGCUGCCUUGUUGGGAGUUUUGCUGCCAUACUUUGUGGGAAGCUGGUGGUACGGUACCCAAAGAAUGUCUAAAGAAAAGGUCUUGAUUGAGAGCGCAAACAACCUGUUCAGAGAGUACGAAGAAGGUAUCACAGAGGGCGCAAUUAUCAACGCUCUGAGUACUGGUGUGGAAUUUGAAAAGGUUCUCAAAGGCGAAAAAGCGGAAUCAGGACUUAACAAAGUGGAAUCAAGAAUCCUCGCUGAAGGUGCUGCGUCAACUCACGCUGGUGGACUGGCCGAAAAGGAUGUACAAAAGCUCGAGGAUUUGGAAGGCGGCGUUAGAAGAAAAGCACUUGCAUUAUUGUGGGCAUACCUUGGACGUGUCGACCUCGAUGAUGCAGCACUCGACCAAGCUAAACUGGAAGUAGCUCCUAUUGCUCACGCUCUCAAUGGUUCAUUCGGCGCUAUCUCUCUGGCUUUCGGCGCAACGGCACCCAUUCUAUCUUCAUACGCAACAGCCCAAAAUCUCAUGCAAGCCGUUCCUCCCGGAGGUUCUCCGCUUCUACAACUUCCUCAUAUCACUGCAAAAAUUGCUCGAGCAAUUGAGGGCGAUUCCAGAACCCACCUCACGCUACAAGAGUAUAUGAGUUUGCCUGAAGCCUAUAGAAGAAAACUGUCAAUUGGCCCGGGUCUUUUGACAGAAUCUGAGUACGAAACCGCCGUUAAGGUUGCCAGACAAUUGCCCCGUCUUCAAGUCGAAAAAGGAUUUUUCAAGGUCACAGGAGAGAAAUACAUCAUACCAAGCUCACUGGUGUCAAUGGUUGUCAAAGGUAGAUUUAUUCCUCCAGGAAGUGAAAAUGUUCCAGCAGUCAACGAACUUGAUUUGGAGGAUAUUGACCCAGAGGAGGAUGAUCUCGAUGCCAUUCUCGGACGUUCCAAAAAGCCAAUCAAGGGAGAGAAGAAGGCCGCUGAUAACAAGCCUGUUCAACCACCACUUUCUUUCGCACCAUAUUUCACCAAGGACUACUCUCCACGAUGGCACGUAUUCUUGACCGACAGCAAGCAAGGAAAGGUUGCAGUUCCUCCAUUCACAUUCACGACUGUUGACAAGCCAAUUUAUGACGAAUCCGGAAAGCCAACAUUCAACAUGCAAACCCUCAAAGCUCAAUUCCAAGCCCCACCACAAGCUGGUCAUUACACCUUUGUCCUUCACGUGAUCUGCGAUUCUUAUAUUGGAUUCGACACCAAGAUGGAAGUCACAUUGGUAGUAGAUGAUGCAUCACAAGCUGAGGAGGCAGUUGAAGAUGACAUUAGCGAACCAGAUGAAGGUACGAUUCAACUUCCUACCCCUUUAAAACAAGAACCAUCGACUAACCAAAACACAGAUUCAUUAGCAGGACAAAUGCACGCUCUCAAGACCGGGCAACCCCCACCACCCAAAAAGAAGAAGGUAGCAGCAGCAGACGACUCAUCGGAGGAGGAAUCAGGCACGGACGAGGAAGUCGUUGAUACCUCGGAUACCAACACCGAUACCUCUGAUGAAGAAUAAUGAUAAGAAAAAAAAUUAAUAGGGGUCCUUCUUGAUGACUUCUCGUUCUGCUUUUUACCUUUUCCUUACUUUUUUCUGGCUUGGAUCGCGAGGGUGCGUGCGUGCAUUUUUCGGGGGACAUGAAAUGUGUGAAUGUGUAAAAUAACGGCAUGGGCAGGGCGUUUUUAUUUCUAUUUUCUUUUUCUUUUUCAUUGUGCAUAAGGGAUGUAUGUGGUGCACAGUCCAGUACGGUUCCGUUCACGUUUACUAGAAAGAAAGAAAGAAAGUCCUACUUCCAGUUCCCUUCCAGGCCUUCCAGGGCUGGGUUAGUAUUGAACUGUGCAACUAGGGGUGUUUUUCGAAGCUUUCGAAUCGUGUUGUGUUAUGUUGUGGUUUUUUGUGAGCUUGUUAAAUUCUUAAAAGAUUGUGAUAUUUUAUUGAUUGUGAGUUGGUUGUGAAGUGUUGCGUACGUAUGUAUGAAUGAAUGAAUGGAUGGAUGGAUAGGUGGAUAGAUGGGUUGGGAUAGCUAGGAAGUCUUCUCUUACCGUACUCGUACAGUACUCUUGCUACAUGGGUAUGCGUAUACUGACAACAGUGUCUCGGUUUUGACAGACAAUCAACAUUUCCAUUAGCAACCCACUCACUAAGACGAAAAAAAGAGGACAAAGAAGCAGCAAAGAAAAAAUUCCUAUAUAAAAAAGCCCCCUAUUCUGGACAAAAUACUCUGCAAAAAUAGUUGAUAAACACCCAGGACCUCAACAACC